UCGUCUCUUCACACAACUCUCUCUCCAUAUAACUUUCUCUCUCUAUAUAUCCUAGUUUUUGUAGAUUCAACAUUCAAGUUUCUUUUUCUCUCUCUAAAACUAUCCGUUGCAUUGUUCGAAGAGAGAGAAUAGAGCAAGAAUGUCUUACUCAAGCGUGGUUUUUGCAGUGAUGUUUGCUUUGGCUGUUGGAUCUGCUAUCGCUCAGUCUCCGGUGUCGGCGCCUACUGUAUCGCCGACCGCAACGCCGACCAAAUCUCCGGUCGCUUCUCCGCGGAAGGCGGUAGCGACUCCUUCUCCGACUCCGUCUCCCGUGGUGACUGCACCGACCUCCUCUCCGAUUGCUUCUCCUCCUGCUCCCCCAACCUCCGACGCCCCUGCUUCGUCUCCCUCCGGUAUCGCGGUGCCUCCGUCGUUCUCUGCAGCUCCUGGAGAAUCUCCGUCGUCGACUCCCAAUGGCGCCGCUUUGAAUAGAGUGGCUGUCGGUGGAUCUGUGGCUGGUCUCUUCUUCGUGUCGGCGUUGUUGCUUUAAAUCUGAUCUGAAACUCCUAUACUUUGUGGGAGUUGAGUUGAUGAUUUAGGGUUUAUUAUUAUUUUUGUUUAUUUCUGAUUUUCUCUCAUCUUCCAGUCGGGUGAUGAUGAUACAGAUUUGAUUUAUUGUUCUAUUCUGUUAAUUAAUUAUGAAUUCUUUGUUAUGAAUAUUUUUAUUGAUUUCUGGCUUA